UUGUCAUGUUUUUGUUGACUUGUAAUAGAUGCCCAACAUAUGAAUACGCAGAGAUAAAAAGUCAUUGUUCUUUGCCUACUGUAAUGAUGUUGCAACUCCACUUGAAGUUAGUUUGAUUCGAACAGUGAAGCAGAUAAAAUGGGGGAAGAUGAAUUCAGGGUCCGCUGUAUCAUAUCAGACAAUGAUGAUGGACAAGAAAAGGCUUCAGAGGCCAUGAAAAAAGCUCACAAGAGCCUAAUUGAAGAAGGAUUUUGUGUUGAGUGGAUGAAGGACUCAGACUGUCUGAAGGUCAUCAAAAAAGAAAAGAACUGUGUUUAUCUCUAUGAUCCAUUUGGUGGCAAAUCUUUCAACCAUAUCAGAAAUUUGGGAUGCAGGAUAUUUGGACCCCUCUGCAUUUUGUCUUCACUUGAGUAUAAACUUGAUAUCCCAAAGAGGAGUGUCCCUGUGUACAAUCUGGCCAUGAAAGACAUUGUAGUGUGUUGUACCAACCUUGUUAAACAAAAAAGAAAUGAGCUUCAUGAGAAGGUGGAGGCAAUGGGAGGCCUAGUCAGCAGGGACCUAACACACAAUGUCACUCAUCUCAUCGCCGGGGAAGUUGGUAGCAAAAAAUACCAGGUUGCUGCUUCUACUGGCAAACAGGUUUAUCUCCCUUGUUGGGUUGAUAAAGUUUGGGAAGCCUCCCAGAACAAACACAUCCAUGGCAGUAGUGGGGAAUUCCUGGAGUACUCUUGUCCCGUCUUCAAGGGUUUAGUCAUCACCGUGUCUGGCCUGGACUCGGAGGAAAGAAAUCAGGUCAAAAAAGCUGUGGAAGCAGAGGGAGGAAAAUAUACGGGGGAGAUGAAGGUCAAUGAAUGUACACAUCUCAUCAUAAACAAACCAAAAGGUGCUAAGUAUGAGUUUGCCAAGAAGUGGAAGAUUCACAUAGUGAAAUCGGACUGGUUGUAUGACUCCAUUGAGAGGGGUUACUGCCUGGAGGAGAGAGAUUUCUGCCUGACUCAUGACAAGGAGGAUGAAAAGACUGAAGUCAAAACAUCGACCCCUGAGAAAGAAAACGGAAGUAGAGUAGAUAGGAUGUCAACAUUAGCUGAUAUCAGCUGUAUAUCAAAUGUGUCAGCAAUACAGACAACACAUCUCAACGAGACGUCAGCCACCACACAGAACAGGAAGUCAACAGAUGAGUUUGAGACAACAGUAGAGUCUAUUGAUCUCACCAAGUCAACAUCAGAUCUCUUCCUGGAUGGCUGUAAGAUUUAUCUAAGUGGAUUUAGAGGAGUUGCCUUAGAGAAACUGAGAAAAGUAAUAAAUGCUGGUGGAGCAACAAGGUUAAACACCCUGAGUGAGAACCUCACUCAUGUUGUGGUUGGAGAAAGGAUUGAAAAAGACCUUGAGACACUGAAAACAGCAACCUUCAGACCCCAUGUUGUGACCCCAGUAUGGAUGGCAGAAUGUUUUAGACAGGGCUACACUGUUAAUGAAGAUCCAUAUAGACUCCCAGAGUUCCCUCCCUUAGACCCUCAGUCACCUCAUCUCAAAGGGAAAAAAAAGUUAUCAGAGGUGAAAAACAAGGAUAUAAAAGAGGUCAAGCAUGUAGAGAAUGCAGGGGCCCCAGAAGGGGAUGAUGAAUUCUCAGACAUCAUGAGCCAGUAUCUCUUGCAGGCAGAUCAAGGUCCUGCGCCAUCAGGAGAGAGAACUGUGAUAGACAAAGCAGACGUACCUACUGUAGGAGAGGACAUGACACAGAACCCUGAGGCUGAAGAUGAAGAAAUGCAGGAGGAAGGGCCUGUUUUUAACAAGAAAGUUUUUAUGUUCUUCGGAUUUGAAGAGGAGUAUGAGAAAGACAUAGGAGAACACAUCAUAGAGAAGGGAGGAAUCAUAUCCAAGCCCACUAGUCGUGUUAUACCAGAUUAUGGAGUGGUGCCUAUCGAUGGAUUUCCUGUAGAUAGGACUGUGAAUGAAAUUGUAACAAAUGCUUGGGUGCAAAUAUGUUGGGAACAAGACCAGCUAUUGCCUGUGACCAGUAAUGUGUUGUUUUCUCCUAUGGACAUUAAGAUGGAUGACGCCCCUCUUUCAGGCUGUGUUCUCUCUGUCAGUGGUUUUGCUGGGACAGAGAGAGAUUGUCUGAUGCAUAUCUCUGAACUCCUUGGUGCUGAAUUUCAAGAAUACUUUGUUCGUAAAGCCAACAAAGAUUUAAAAGCCAGCACUCACCUGGUUGUAAAGGAAGCAGAAGGUUCCAAAUAUCAGGCAGCCAAAAAAUGGAAUAUUCCAGCCAUCUCCAAGAGGUGGCUUUUCAAGUGUGCCAAAUCUGGAAAAAGAGAACCAGAGGAAAAUUUCUUGAUAGAAAAUGAGCCAACAGAAUCUCAGGAUCUCACCACAAGUGUUCAGACAUCCAUCACUAAUGCUCAAGACAGCAAUGCAAACAAUAGUCAUCAAAAAACUGCCAAUGGAACAGCUCAAACAAACAAAGCCGAGAGUAUUCAUCAAAAUCAAUCAAGCCUCAUGAACCAAAGCACAGCAUGUGAUAAUGUAGAGAAUCCACAGGAAAUGGAAUGUGACAAUUCAGUGAAUGUGCCUCCUGACCAGGGGCAAAUCACUCUAAAUACCAGCGUUACAACUGACAAUGAUGUGGAGAUGAAUGCAGAGGAGGAAAAAUCAAAGGGUGGAUCUAAGGAAAAAUCAGAGGUGUGGGAAUCUGGCAUGGAGACAAAUCAGGAUGAUCUGUUGAUGUUAGAGAUGGAUGCACAGGGAGGAAGCAGGAGAGGGUCUUUGAGGAGUGAGGAUAGGAGGGGCUCUCUGAGGGGUGGGAGAGACACAGAACUCCCAGAGAGUCAGAAAGAAAACAUGGCUGCCAUGAAGACACCAAAACUGACCAACCAAAGGGUUAAGGAGCUGAAAACAGAGAGGGAAAUGCCCCGAAACUCACCCCGACACGAAAGUCUCGAUGAGUCCACAGGACCUCUUGAUCUAGACAAAUCUUUCCACCCACGCUUUGAUUUCUCUGAUGUGUUGAAGGACUUGGAAACCCCGGAGGGGCAGAAGGGCAAGACACGGAAGUUAGGAAGGAGAAAGUCCAGUGUUCCCUUUUACGAGUUGUUUGAGGCUGCGGUCCAUGGUAUGGCCAAAUUUACGGAAGAGUACAAAGCGCCAGAACCUACAGAUGAAGUGCAUGGAACCUGCAGCAGCAGUAAUCAGUAUAUGACAAGACCCCUGAAGGGAGUGACGAUCUAUGUCAGUAAGAAACUGAGUGGCCAACAGGCGGAGCUGAACAACAUCGUGGAGGAUCUGGGUGGCAAUUAUAAAUGGCAAUACGAUGCCACAAGUACACACUUUAUAUUCCAGGGAAAGACAAAUGACACCACCAAGGAAUUCAGAGUGGCCAGAGAACAGAAGAAAAUCAUUGUUUCUCCCCUCUGGAUUCAAAUGUGUAAAGAACAGAAUGCCAGAGUAGAUGAAUCUUUGUUUCCACACAAUUACAAUCCAAAUCUUACAUUGGCGAUGGUGAAGAAAGCCACCCCAGGAAGAGGUUCUCCGGUGAAGUCUAACAGAAGCACUCCUCAAAGGGCAACACUAAGGUCAACUCGGACAAGUAAACAAUCCGAGAGCUCGGAUAUUGAUGAUGUGCCAAAACCUUGCAGUCCAACAACGGUGACUAAAAUUUCUGAAUCUGGACAGAACAAGAGGAGUGGAGCAACUUUUCCUGAGUCUGACAAUAAACGACAGAGAAUAUCAACAGACAGUGAAACUGAGUCUACAGAGAAGAAAGUGGCUGAAGAGGAGCCAGAGGUGGUGGAGAUGGCAGGUACCCUGGAUUACAGAGAAGAACUGGCCAAACAACUAAAGGAGGACAUGGCUGUCCAAAAAAAAAGAAGAAAAAGUAGGAAACUCAAUUCCAGUGGUCAAAUGAACAUGUCUGGGGAAGGCUCAAGUAAUGACAGUGGGAUGCAGCGCCCAGGGUCAAGGGCUAAUCGCUGGAGUAUGAAUGAGGACCAAAAGACAGAGGCUACAGUAAAGGAGGGUUCCCUCCCUGAGUCCUCCCAGACUGUCCAUGUGAUGUGGGAUGACCCCACAGGGAGACUAGAACAGGAGCGACUAGCCCACAAACUACAGAGGGCAUGCAGUCCCACCCAGGACCUCAACAACUUACAGGAGAUGAUGGACGCCCAGUUCUCAGAUGUUGAGGAGGAGGAGGACCCAGUACCUCAACUUCCCGAGAAUGAACCAGACAGAAGAUUAUCCUCACCCCAGGCACCCCAUGUCGCUUUCCAUAAACAAUCUGAGCAGACAGUCCCCUCCCCUCAGCCUGUGAAUUUAGAGGAGGAGAAGGGAGGAGAGGAGACAAAAUCGACCCCACCCAUCUUCAUUUUGUCAGGCUUGUCUAAAGAGGAAAGAGAUGAUUAUGGAGUUUUAGUAGAGAGCCUUGGUGGCAAAAUGUUGGAUGGACAAAAUUUUGACCCAUCCUGUACCCAUUUGGUUACUGGUGUUCCGGCAAGAAAUGAGAAAUUCCUAGCCUGUGUUGCCUCUGGAAAGUGGGUUUUACACAAGUCCUACUUUGAGGCUUGUAGACAAGAGGGCAAGUUUGUACAGGAGGAUUUCUAUGAAUGGGGUGGAGAUGGAACAGCCAGCUUGCUUGGAAAGAUGAAUCCAGCAGUUAGAAAGCUCUGUGAAGCUGCCCAUCGAUGGAGGCUAAUGAUCAAUUCCCCCUCACAGUCUUGUAUUGGAGCCUUCAGUGACUGGAAAGUGGUGCUGUGUACCGACCGUAAGAAGGAAGACAACUUCCGUAGACUUCUAGAAGCAGGGGGAGCCACUGUUCUUACCAUUAAACCACCCUUUCAUAAACCUGUGUCAGCCAGUCAUGCAUUUUUAGAACUGAACAAAGUGGAAAUGUCGGAGGAUGAUAUUUCUACCCUGGUGAGGUCAGGGGUCAUAUGUAUAAAACCCGAUUUUAUUGCAUCUCACCUCACCAACAGUCCACCACCAAAUCCAGAAGAUUUUUGUCCAUCAGAGGUCAGAACGCUCUUAAAGAGUCUCUCUGGAAAGAGGAAACUCUCUUCAUCAGAUGACACUCGUAAAAGACCAAGAAGAUGAUGAGCGAUAAUUCAUUAUUUUUCACAAUCAUGAAAAGAUUAUAGAAAUGUGACUGUUCUGAUAUUGAAUGUAUUUUUAAAUCCUGAAAAAAGUGCUGGUGAUAGCUACUGUGUAGAAAUAGAUAGAAUAAUAAGUAAUGAAAAGAAUGUCUGAAGCAUUUUAAGAUGAGCAUGCAUGAAGAUCGAUGUCCAGUCAAUAGUAUCUCCAUAUCAACAGUUUUGUGUUUGAUUUUUUAAUGAUUUGAAUAUCUAUGAAGAAAUUGUGUUCAUAUAUCUGCAUAGGAAAGUCUACUAUGAAUCUAUUCUGAUGAAUAAAAUAAUGAUAUUUUAUGUGUUCUUAAGAUUAAAUAAAAUAAGAGGAAAAUGU